ACAGUACAGUACACACAGUGCUUGGGAACAGGUAUAUUAGUUAUUGCAUACUAUAAGGAUUCCAAAAUCAGAAGAUGGAAUGAGCCGCAUAAAAAGGAAAGGCACAAAAAGAGCCGCCGACACGCCGGCGAGAACAUCUUGAGGGAGGAGAAGCGAGAGGGAAGGUUAAGAGGACCACGGUUUGUUUCUCUCACAGGCGACCCCCUGAAGUCUUCAAACUCUUUGGCUAUCAAACUGUCAUUGGUUCCUCCUAAGACACCAAGAUGGAGUCGGCCACGACCGAGCUACCGUACCUGGUGUCCAAUCAGACGUCCCAAAGCUGCGUGGUUGAAACUGCGAUGGAGAACGUCCUAUUUGGGAGCUUCUACAUCCUGGUGUUUUUCCUGGCGCUAAACGGCAACAGCCUGGCACUCUGGAUAUUCUCCCACCAGCGCGGCACGUCCUCCCCAGCCAACGUCUUCCUGAUACAUCUAGCUGUGGCUGACCUGUCUUAUGUGUUUAUCCUCCCCCUGAGGGCUACCUACCACCUCACUGGGGGCCACUGGCCCUUCGGAGAAGUGCCUUGCCGAUUGGCGGGCUUCCUGUUUUACGUCAACAUGUAUGCUAGCUUGUACUUCCUGGCAUGCGUCGCAGUGGACCGCUAUCUAGCGGUAGUCCACGCCGUCCGUUCAAUGAAGGUGCGCCGCGCCCGCUAUGCCAACAUCAUUAGUUUCAGUUUGUGGGCGUUGGUUACCGUCUCAAUGGCGCCUCUGCUGGUGACCCACCAGACCUUGGAGGUGGACGGUACGACUGUAUGCUUGCAGCUUUACCGGGAGAAAGCUUCUCGCAAGGCGCUGAUUUCCCUCGCCGUUGCUUUUACGCCACCUUUCCUGGCUACCUUAUCCUGCUACCUACUCAUCAUCCGUAGCCUGCACCGAGGGUCCCGUCUGGAGCCCACCCUAAAGCUAAGGGCACUGCGUACCAUCGGUCUAGUCAUGCUAAUAUACGUGGUAUGCUUCCUCCCCUACCAUGCUAGCCGCGCAACCUUCAUCCUGGGAUACGCCCACCCGGAAGUGUCUUGCCAGACGCGCCGAGGCCUGAGCCUGGCCAACCGGCUCACGUCGCUCUUGACCUGCCUCAACGGCGCCAUGGAUCCGCUCAUCUACCUGUUUGGCGCGGAGAAGUUUCGUGGUACCUUGGUACGACUUCUGUGCAAAGACAAGGCGAUGGCAGCGUCAGGGGCUACCAGUGGGGAAUUAAAAGGCACUCACGAGAGUUCUGUGAGUGCCAAGUCAGAAUUUUAAACCCAAAAUAAUGAAUGGACCUCAAACAUUCCUUAAUGUGAUCUCACAAGUAUUAUCUGUGAGUGACAUCCUUGCCGCAACCAUUCCAUAAAAUGACUUCUCCAAAAGACCUUACAUACGAAUGUGUUUCACACAGAGAAGACUUCUUAAACAUGAUGAAUCAUUCGUUGAUUUUUUUCUUUUAUCCCAAACUAUUGUUUUAGGUUGUUUUAUUGACCUGACAUGUUUCGGCGACUACUUCCGCCUUCUUUAGA